GCAUAUAGUUUCUGUUCUCAAUGCAAUGAGCGCAUUUAGAGGACACGUUUCUUUAACUUCGUAGACGGGGUGAUAUCCAGGUCAAAUUCCAAAAUUAUAUCUCCAAACCACUCUCACUCCAAAUUUUGCUUUCCAGUACAUACUUAAACCUAGAAUUACCUACAAGCCCUCACAAUGAGAACCUUCCUCCUUCUCAGCUCCUUCCUCCCCCUGAUCCUAACCUCAAGCAUCACCCCCAAAAAAUCCGUCAUCGACCCCGACAAACCCAUCUACCUCGGCGACGUCUUCUGGCCCCCCUCCAUGACAUUCAUCGCCUGGCUCCCCAGCGAACAACACGACCCGACCGAGUGGUGCUACCGCGCGACCGACACCUCGAACCACAAGCUGUUCUCGCUCGGCGGCAUCGACGCCCUGCAGAUGCACGACUAUUUCAACCAGAACGCGUAUAUCACGCGCGAAGGGAAGCGGUACGCGGAUUGCUGGAUUACGCCGGAGAGCGGGAGGAUGGGGGCCUGUGAGGGCGUGCUGGAUUUUGAUUGUGAGGGCGGGCAGAAGUUUACGGGGCCCGGGACGAGGAGGUGGAGUUGUUGGGUUGUGGAGGGAGAGAGGAAUUAUACGUUGCAGAGGGUGGGGAGGGGGGUGGGUGAGGAGAUGACGAGUGAGGUGGUUAUGACGCCUACUGCGGCCAUAUUGGGUUCCGUUCAUAGUAGUUCGAUUAUGGGUGCUGCGUUCACGCCUGGCGUUACGGGCAGGCGAUGA